AAGGUUCACCAAGACUGACGAGGGGAUGAAGACCAAGGUGCAGCAGUACGUGGAGGGAGUUGGGGGGAUCCGUCUUUGGGGUUUCAGCCCUUCGGAAGAUCUGAGCAAUAUGGUCGAUGGCAGCAAAGAUGAUGUCCUCAACAUCUUGAGCAUGAUGCCUGGAGAUAUCUGCAGUUUCCUGAUGACAAUUGCUCGGAGACAUACGAAGAAAACUCAACAAAUCAAUUAUUACAUCGUUGAACGCCAGCCCGAGGCACUGGCAAGAUACAUCUUACUCCUGUCAAUAUUCUUCGAUGAUGACCUGGGGCCAAGAGAAUGUACUGAGAUCUUCCUUGAGAUUUACGGCAACAACAUGCUCAGGAAACAAACCAGCGCGUUUCUUCAUUCGAAGGUUGAAGAAUUGAUCAAAUUUCUAACCAACGGAGAAGGAAAACUUGCAGAAUUUGUAGACAUCACACAAAUGAAAUUCAAAGAAAGAGAUGCGAUAGAAAAAGUAUUCAAGACUUGGUAUGAAAACAUCGAGUGCAACAUGGAAGAAUGGAGAGAAAAACGGCUGCGAUCGUACUACGAGGAUCGCUUUGACUAUAGGAAGAAUCUCAUCGACUGGGACUACAGCAUGAACGUCAAAGAUUGGGCUGAAAUCAUUCACUCCAAAUUGUUCCUGUGGUGGCGACAGGAAGGAAUCGCCUACGAGAUCCGCGAUAGCAAGUAUCCACAACCCAACAGGACGAUGGCAUCGUACGCAGAGGGGAAGGAGAAAGGGCACAGCAAGCUGAAGAGAGGGUACUGGGGGGACAUCGUUCAGAGCCCCUACUGGUCCAUUGGAGUUCAUGCAGAUGAGCAGAGCCUGUACAAAAAGAGAAGUUUUCAGCACACCAAGACUUGUCAACACGUGGCUGAGUACAACAUCUACUCGUUACUCUUCGAGCUGUCGGCCAAGAAGCGCUACAAGAUGCCCCAGGAGGACUCGGAGAUCCACGGGAGGAGCUUCUGGUCUGGCCUCUCCCACAGGGACGUGGAGAAGGUGGAGGAGGAGGGGGAGAUCGAAAGCUUGCAGGAUGAUAGGAUGGACACGCUCAGCACAGGCCGAGCACCAGAGAGCGGGACGAAGAGGGUUCCGCAAGGGAUCAAGCUCGUUCUGCUGCAGGGGGAAAGCUUGGAGUUCAUGAGGGGGAAGAAGAAAUAUGCUGAACUGUUCCACCUGGUCUUCCUCUCGAAUCUUUGCCUGCAGAUGCUGAAAGAGCCUCUUCCCGAGCUGCUCCACGAGAGGGCGACUCUUGUGGUUGAAGGGGCAGAUUUCAUGCUCAACUUUGACAAGAAUGACCGCAAGGCUUUCAACGAGAAGAUCAAGCAGCUGGGUAAGGAGCUCGGCAUGGUCGAGGAGAGUGCCUUGCGCGACAAGUACAAGCUGUACAACGGCGUUCACUUCCCCCUUUACUUCCUCAGCUACGACAAGGCGGCAGCCAAGGAAGUCCUGGAGCAGCGAGCAAGGAGGCAGCAGGAGGAGGGAGAGACGCUGCAGGCCUCGCUUGAGUCGACGCUGUCGCAGUCGAAGGAGGACGAGAGGCCAACGGCCGACGCGCUGGAGGGCCUGGAGGCUCUCGACCUGCAGGACAGGACGUACGAGGUUGACGCGAUGAAUCGGCCGAUCCUCCUGGACGGCAGCGCGCGCGGGUGGGAGCGGAGGACGUUGGUGCUGCUGGGGACUAAGACGAGCGUCGCUGCUGCUCCUGCUAAGGCCGGACCCUUCGGAUUCUGCGCGGUGACGGGGCUGCCGGCCAAGUACAAAGACCCGCAGACUGGCCUGCCGUACGCCAACGUCGAAGCGUUCAAGGAGAUCCGGAGGAGACACGCCGGCAGCACCGAGACCCAGGGAGAGCUGAGCGAGGCGGUAGAGACAGCCAAUGUAGGGGAGGAGGAGGCGACAACGAGGGCAGAAGAGGCGGAAAAGAGGGAGGGGGAGGAGGAGGAGGAGGAGGCAGUGGAGCCUCUCAUCUUCCAAAACCGACCCAAGUGGCGGCUGGGAGGCAGCUCUGUGCUGUGAAGGCGAAGCAGAGGAGGUGGAGGAGGCGAGUUCUAUUUGUUACAUGCAGUGCUUUAC